UUUCAGCGAAACAUGAAAGUUAUUUGUUUUUUCCAAGAUUUUUGCAAGAUACCGUAUUGACCCUGACCUACUUCUAGGGUCAAGUAAGUGUAUACGUUGCAGAGCACAUUUUUCCACGGAUGUGGUCUGACAUAUCAUUUCAGACGUUUAUUUAGAGGCCAGAAUUCCAGGUUUAGGAAAAUGGCAACGGUAUUUCAGAGUCGCUAGCAAUUUCCGCAAAACAAGUUGAAUAAAAUAGCUCAACUGGCAUAUCGUUGAGUUCAUAUACAACCAAGCGGAAACCUAGUCCUGUCUUCAUUUUUUGAGCGUACCAACAAUUCAACUUGUUCCAGAGCCGGUACAUCGAGAACUGAAGCAAUGCCGACUGAUGACAUGACAAGCCUAAGGUUGAAGAGGAGAGGGACCAAAGCCAAAUUCACCAGGUUGGGGAAUGUGUUAGAUUUCCUGAUAGAGGAAAAGCGGCCGGUGGAAGAGGUGAAGGAAGCUUUCAAACAAGCCAACCAGGCUUACGUAGACCUCCAAUCCAAACACGAGGCCUAUACAGAGAAGAUUGAGAACGAUGAAGAAUUCAACAAGGAGGAGCUAUGGCUUGAUGAGUGCCAGAAUUAUUUCUGCAAGCUACAGAUCCGAGAGAAGGAUUAUAUCUCUCAGAUGUCUUCGUCGCAAGAGCCUCAACAACCAACAGAGAGAGAUGAGGAGAGCUCCCAGAGAACUGUUGUUCAAGCCGAGUCGAACCGGCCUCAAGCUCCUCGCUUCAACAUGGAGAGGCCCAAGUUACCAACGUUCCAAGGAGACAUAAGAGAAUACAAUGUAUUCAAGGCUGAUUUUCAGCAUGUUAUACAUCCACACUACGAUGAGAGGGAUGCUUUGAUGAUCCUGAGGUCUUGUUUGAAGGGGAAGCCACUUCAACACAUUAGAGGAAUAGGGCGAGAUUAUGAAGCUGCAUGGGGUCAACUAGAUCUGCUCUACGGAGACUCAAGGAUGGUAGCUGAUGCUAUUAUGGAAGAUGUAUCCCGAUUUCGUCCUCUGAAAGAUGGGGAAGAUGAGAGAUUCUGUGACUUUGUGAAUCUCAUACGCAGAAGUUUCAAUACCUUGAAGGAGGUAGAUAGAGCUGAGGAUAUGAACAAUAGUCACAUGCUAGCCAUCAUUGAGAAGAAGCUCUAUGUCACAGAUCGACAGAUGUGGUUCCGAAAGCAAGGAGAAGGAACAACGGCGACAUUAGAGGCACUGUUGAAGUGGAUGGAGAUUGAGUUGAGAGCAAGGAUAAGAUCAUCUGCUCCAGUAAGGAAUGAUGCAGCCUCUAAGUCCAGAUCCGCUGUUAGUCAGGUUACAGCAUUUGAGGAGAGACAGCAAGACUAUCGUUGCUGGAUCUGCAAGAAUAAGGAUGGGCACUGGACUGACCAAUGCAAGACUUUCCUCGAUAAGUCUACAGCGGAGAGGUUGGAGAUGGUGAAGAGUAACCGAGCUUGUUAUAGCUGUUUGAAGCAAGCCGGCAGAGAGCAUCGAAUGGCUACUUGCAAGAAAAGGAGACGGUGUCCAGAGAAAUACAAGGGGCAACCUUGCAAGUUUUUUCAUCAUCCUUUGUUACAUCCCAGCAUGGACAACAAUGCGGUGGGAGUAGCCCUUGUAAGAGGUACUGAAGCCAUGCUACCCGUCAUCAGGGCAAGGUUUUCAGGUUCAGAGCUGAAGAUCCAAGGAAACGUGCUGUUAGAUUCAGGGGCCCAGAUCAGCAUCAUCAGACAAGGGCUCGCUGAAGACUUGGGACUGACAGGAAAGAGCAUCAGUAUCACAAUAACCAAGGUGGGCUGUGUAGAGGAAUCUGUGACAACAUCCUUGUAUAGAGUGCCGGUCAGUUCAGUAGAUGGGAAGACAAUCCAUAAGAUAUUAGCUGUUGGAUUACCGUGCAUCAAUGAUGACAUUGAGGAGGUGAACACUGAUAAUCUUGCCCGACAAGUAGGCCUCAACCCCAGAGAGUUACGUAGAGGUAGUGGGUCUAUAGAUCUUCUGAUAGGAAUUGACCACGCUAUGAUGCACGCAGGUGAAACGAGACAACGAGGCAACUUCAUCUUUAGGAAGUCACCACUUGGAUGGGUGGUGUUUGGAGCAUCUAAGCUGAACCAGCAGUAUCAGAAUAGAGUGCUCAACGUGCAACUGAGUCCAGCAACUGACUUAUCAGCGUUUUGGACUACAGAGUCGAUGGGAGUUGAUGUGGGUUGUCAUUGUGAAGCCGAAAGGAUGACUAAAGUAGAGAAAGAUGAACAUGAUCUUAUCUGGAACUCUGCCAAGAAAGUGGGUAAGCAGUGGCUUGUUCCUUACCCAUGGAAGGAUAACCCAGAGAAGCUGCCCGACAACAGAGUGCAAGCAGAGAGAAUGCUUCAGGCGACGGAGAAAAGGCUUGCAAAGAACCCAGAGCAUGCUGAAGUUUACAAACAGCAGAUGCAAGAGAUGGUCGAGAUGGGGUUUUCGAGAAAGCUGACCGAUGAAGAGAAGAAGAGGCAUGAUGGGCCUGUCCAUUACAUUGGUCAUCAUGCGGUUGUCAGGCCGGAAAAAAAGAGCACACCAGUGAGAAUUGUGUUUAACUCAUCAGCAGUUUUCAAGGGACAGUGUCUGAACGACUACUGGUUCAAAGGGCCAGACUUAUUACAGAGUCUGUUCGGAGUACUCCUUCGCUUCAGAGAACACAGAGUUGCGAUAUGCGCCGACAUAUCUAAGAUGUACCACCGAGUACUGAUUCCAGAAUCCUAUCAGCACGUCCAUCGGUACUUGUGGAGAGGAUUAGAUUCAGAGAGAGAACCGGAUGUGUACGUGAAAACUGUAGUCACGUUUGGAGAUAAGCCUGCUGCAGCAAUGGCCCAGAUAGCUCUGAGGAGGACAGCAGUAGAGGGAGAGUCUCAACAUCCUAAGGCAGCAGAAGUACUGAAACGUGACACGUACAUGGACGACAUAUGUACCUCAGUAAGAACGUCAGAGGAGGCGAAAGAUCUUGUCAAGGACAUAGAUGAGGUGCUAGCUGACGGAGGCUUCAAGGUGAAGGGUUGGCAAUCCAACGAACAGCUGAAAGAUGAGACUUCUCAGAUGAAAACCAACGUUCUUGAGAAUCUGAGUGAGGAGAAGGUUCUGGGGAUGGUAUGGAACCAAAAUACAGAUGAGUUUUCAUACAGAGUGAAAAGAAGUAUGAUCCCAGAUCUUCCAGACGAACAGAAAGACACCACUAGCAAAUGGACAAAGAGACGGAUACUAAGCCAGAUUGCAAAGAUCUUUGAUCCCAUAGGAUUUGCUUCAGCAUUACUGGUGAAGGCAAAGAUAGGAAUGCAACGCCUGUGGCAGCUUGGUUUAGAUUGGGAUGAAGAGCUACCCUCCAGAGAAAAGGCAGAAUGGGUAAAACUCUUCAGAGAGAUGGAGAACUUAGAUGGAGUGUCCUUCCAGAGAUGUUUGACACCACCCGGUGCAAAAAGACGACCUACAUUAUGUGUCUUUUGUGAUGCAUCUGAAGAGGCGUUUGGAGCUUGUGUUUACAUUCGCUGGGAGUUAGAGGAUGGCAGCUAUGAUGUUAGAUUUGUGACGGCGAAAUCUAGAGUAGCACCACUAAAGAAGUUGACACUGCCGAGAUUGGAGCUACAAGCUGCAGUGGUUGCUGUUAGACUCGAUGCAACCAUCAGAGAUGAGACCACACUAGAGUUAAGAGAGACAGUGUUCAUGACAGAUAGCAUGAUAGUGCUUGGAUGGGUUCGAAGUCAGGCAAGAAGUUUUAAGCCCUUUGUGUCAGCUCGAGUAGGAGAAAUCCAAAGCAAGUCGAAUCCCCAACAGUGGAGACAUGUGAGUGGAGCAGAAAACCCAGCUGACGACAUUUCGAGAGGUGUUACAGUAGAGAAGUUAGAGAGGUGUAGGUGUGGUCCUCAAUUUCUAAGAUCACCUGAGGAGGAGUGGCCACAGAGUGAGACGAAAUCUGAGAUUUCGUCAAUGGACAGUGAAAGGCGUAAAGUUCAACAGGUGUCGAAUGUAGUAUUGGCAUCAGACAGCAUCGACUGUGAAAGAGUUUCCAGCUGGAGAAAACUGGUGAGAGUCACUGCAUAUGUUCGGAGAUUUACCCACAACAUGAAGGCGAGGGUAAGAUCAGGAGAUGAGAGAGGGAAAGUGACGGCAGGACCACUUACAGCAGCUGAACUAGGUGAUGCAGAGAUGUACUGGGUCAGAGAGGCUCAGAAACCGCUUCAUGACAGACUGAAGAAAGGGGAGUUCAAGACUCUAACACCCUACAUAGAGAAUGGAAUCAUCAGAGUUGGAGGUAGAGUUGGAGAAGGCGUGAUUUCGUAUGACAGCAGGCAUCCUGUGUUAUUACCUCAUCAGCAUCGCAUCUCUACGCUCAUCACUAAGCAUGUCCAUGAAUUGGGGCAUGAUGGAGUUGCGACAACGGCAGCGAAAGUGAGAAGCAACUACUGGGUGAUUGGCAUACAUAGGCUUGCCAAGACUAUCAAGCACAGGUGCGUGAUGUGUCGUAAGAUGCAGCACAAGGUCGAGACGCAGUUUAUGGCUGAGCUACCAGAGAUACGUUUGAAGAACGAUCAAGCUGGAGACCAACAGGACUUGAGUGCUCAUGAGACCGACGCCCAGGGAGACCGACGCACGUUGAGACCGACGCACAUGGAGACUGAUAGGACCUUCUAA